GUAGGAGUCUUCAUGCAUGUAACCGGCUAACCGCUGCUCUAUAAAUAAAAGUCCUUGGACUCUUAUCUCCCCUAGUUCUCUUCUCUUGCAAAUUCAGUUGAGCUGAGAACUCAAAACCCUAGGAAUUCAAUCUCUCUUCUUUCGUUUUCGGCCUUCUUCAAUGGCGGUUAACGUUCAAGAAAAGUGGGAUUCGGAGAAUGUCGUACCCUAUGAUGACGAAGAAUCUCCAAUAGAACAAGUUCGUUUAACAGUAUCAAACGAAGACGAUCCUUCUCUACCAGUAUGGACAUUCAGAAUGUGGUUCUUAGGAAUCGUGUCAUGUGCACUUCUAUCGUUUCUCAACACUUUUUUCAGUUAUAGAGCUGAGCCGUUGGUGAUCACAAUGAUUACUGUUCAAGUUGCAACGCUGCCGAUUGGGCGUUUAAUGGCUAGGGUGUUACCAACGAGGAUGUUUAAGAUUAUGUCGUGGGAGUUUACGUUGAAUCCAGGGCCGUUUAAUAUGAAAGAGCACGUAUUGAUUUCAAUUUUUGCCAAUGCUGGUUCUGCUUUUGGGAAUGGACCUGCUUAUGCUGUUGGAAUUGUGGAUAUUAUCAAAGCGUUUUAUUUUAGGAAUAUCUCAUUCUUGGCUGGUUGGAUUCUUGUUGUUGCCACUCAGGUUCUGGGAUAUGGCUGGGCAGGGAUUAUGAGGAAGUUAGUGGUAGACCCUGCAGAAAUGUGGUGGCCAAGUAGUCUGGUUCAAGUUUCUCUUUUCAGGGCUCUCCAUGAGAAAGAAGGGGAAGGAAAAACCUCAAGAGGCAAAUUUUUUUUAAUUGUGCUAGCUUGCAGCUUCAUAUGGUACAUUGUCCCUGGUUAUCUCUUCCCAACAUUGUCAAACUUAGCGUUGAUCUGUUUGGUCUAUCCCAAAUCAGUGUUUGCCCAGCAACUUGGUUCAGGCAUGAAGGGUCUUGGAAUUUUAUCCUUCACUUUUGAUUGGGCAGUUAUAGCAUCAUACCUUGGUAGCCCUCUGGUUUACCCCUUUUUUGUCAUUGUCAAUGUCAUAAUUGGGUAUAUUGGUGUAGUAUAUAUACUAAUUCCCGUUUCCUAUUGGGGAUUGAACCUCUACAAUGCCAAGAAUUUCCCUCUAUUCUCCUCGGAGUUGUUUGAUGCUCGGGGCCAGAUAUACAAUGUUACAUCCAUAGUUAAUGAUAAAUUUGAGAUAGACAAGGUAUCAUAUGCACAGCACGGACGCAUACAUCUCAGCACGUUCUUUGCUGUUACUUAUGGCCUGAACUUCGCAGCUGUUACUGCUACUGUCUCACAAGUUGUUCUAUUCAAUGGAAAGGAAAUAUGGCAGCGACUCCGGACCUCAUACAAGGGAAAGCCUGAUAUUCACACAAGACUUAUGAUGAAAUAUAAGGACAUCCCUAACUGGUGGUUUGUCCUCACGCUUGCACUUUCAUUGGUUUUGUCGCUUGUCCUAUGUAUCUUCAUGAAAGAUGAAGUUCAGCUUUCGUGGUGGGGGCUUAUCCUUGCAGCCGCUCUUGCUUUGCUAUAUACCCUACCAAUAAGCAUCAUAACAGCCACCACAAACAUGGCACCAGGACUAAACGUGAUCACAGAAUAUAUAAUUGGUAUAAUACUCCCAGGUAAACCAAUAGCCAACGUCUGCUUCAAGACUUAUUCUUAUAUGAGUAUGAGCCAGGCUGUUUCCUUUCUCCAAGAUUUUAAGCUCGGCCAUUACAUGAAGGUUCCUCCAAGAUCAAUGUUCAUCAUUCAGCUAGUUGGAACCAUUCUUGCUGGUACAAUCAAUAUGGCCGUCGCGUGGUGGCUACUUAAUAGCAUUGAACACAUAUGCCAACCUGACUUGCUUCCUCCCAACAGUCCAUGGACCUGUCAGAGCGAUAGAGUCUUUUUUGAUGCAUCAGUUAUUUGGGGAUUAGUAGGACCCCGAAGAAUAUUCCUAGGCCAAGGAGAAUAUAGUGCUCUCAAUUGGUGCUUUCUUGGAGGUUUACUGGCACCAGUGUUGGUGUGGGUUCUACACAAAGCAUUCCCAAGCCAAACUUGGAUUAAAUACAUCAACCUUCCAGUACUUCUUGCAGCUACAGCCAGUAUGCCUCCAGCAACAGCAUUGAAUUUCAACAGCUGGAUUAUCAUUGGAACAGUGUUCAAUUUCUUCAUUUUCAGAUACAGAAAGAACUGGUGGCAGAGGCACAAUUAUGUCCUAUCAGCAGCACUAGAUGCUGGAGUGGCUUUAAUGGGAGUGGUUAUCUUUUUCUGCUUUAGUUUAUGGAAUGUUAACUUGUCUUGGUGGGGAACUGGUGGAGAAUAUUGUGAUUUGUCUUCUUGUCCCACCGGCAAAGGCAUUUCUGUUGAUGGAUGUCCUUUGACCUGAUUCUAUUAGUAUGUUAGGCUCCAUACUUAAGUUGUAAAUAUGAUCUUGUGCAAACCAUAUUAGUAUGUUAGGCUCCAUACUUGGUUGUAAAUAUGAUCUUGUGCAAUCCAAGUACUUUACUUUCUUUUAUUAUUGAAUUGAUUUAAUCAAAGUAAGGAUAAAUCAAUUGAAGUAACUAGAAUCAAUGGGCCUUUACAAAGAUCUCGCUUCGAACUAUGUUUGAUAAUUAGUGAUAAUUUAUGGUGUAUUGCCACUCUUUUUCCCUUUCUGGAUCUUCAACUAUAUUAAAACUACAUGGGUGUUUUUAAGAGUCUGCAAUGUGGAUCACACAAAAUUACCAAAAUGACCUUGAAAAUGAGUGGUUUUAAACUUUUGGCCCCGUUUGCUUAUGGCCAAACCUUUAAGGUCAAAAGUGCAAUCGAUUGGUGGAGAAUUAAUAAUCUACAAAAGCUCUUGGACUAAGAAGCCCUUUUCUCUUGUUGCUGCAUCUAGUCUGGCAAAGUGCGUUUCGCUACUGGCAAGUCAAGUAAUUAAACAGUAUGAAACGAAGUAACAGAAGCCCUAAAAUGACAAUUGAAAC